AUGGGCUUGGCGACUACGUCGAUCGCUCUGCUUGUUCUAAGCUUAGCAGCUGUGGGGCGCUGUGACCUUCCUCAGUACAGUGUGUACAAAAGUUUAUUCACGGCACUGUACGAAUGCGGGGAAUAUCUCCAGGUGGAUAAUGUAACGUUGGAUCAGUACAUUUACUACGGCUAUCCCAGUAUUCCGGAAGUGAAACGUCUCAUUCAUUGUGCUAUGGUGAACGUCGGUGCUUGGAAUGACAAUAUCGGCGUAAGGCCAAACGUCUUCAGAUAUUUCUUCAAACCGAACGAGUUGGACACCGAGUACGAGGAACGAACGCAACAAUGUCUGGCUCAAAUCUGCCCAAAUGAAUACGACCAAAACUAUCGAGCUUUUGAGACAUUCAGCUGCUAUUAUCGUCAGUACGGUCGUCUGGUGAAAGAGGAUGUGUUCAAUCCAUUGGAAACUCUGGAGUUUUUGCAGCUUCUUCAGUUCAUCAAACUUGUCCUGAAUAUUCCAAACGAAAAAGUGGUACAGUUCGCUGCUGGUGACUAUCUGAACGAUCCACUAUUCAAGCAAGCCCUCUACAUCGGAGUAGUUCGAAUCGGAGCCUUGAGUAGAGAUAAAGGUUUUCUACCAGAUGUUGGCUAUGCUCAGUAUGGUUACCCGCAGCUGAUCUCUCCAUGUGUUCAGAAAUGCAUCGCCGAUGUUGCUGCUCAAUACAUGAAUGCCGAUAAGCGAGAGUUAGUGUACCAAGUCUACGUGCAGUGUUGGUAUUCAUUCUUGGAUCCAUUCCUACGAUCCCAGUUCCAGGCGGCUUUGGAUGGAUCACUCUGUGAUGUACAGGUCAAAUACUAA